UGUUGGUUACCUGGGCAACGCUCCCCAGGUGAACCAAGCUACAGUGGUCGCCUCACUACCCACUCCUCCUCUAAUUUAGCUCUCCCGUCUUGUCUCUACCUCACUCAUAGUUCACUGGGGUCUCCGUGUCUCCCUGGCUGGCUGGCUGACGUGUUGCAUUCUUGCCUUGCCUCUCCUCCCUCGCUCCAAGUGCCAAGUGAAGUUUGGACCAUGCUGGGUAGACCGGAGGCUGUCCCGGGGCCCUUCACCUUCCCUGAGGACCAAAUACUGAGGCUGGACCGAGAACUGGACCAGCGGAUGACAAACCUUCUCCAGCCCAGACCCAAGAUGACAGGUCAGAGGUCACCCCACAGCAUGACCCAUAGGCCAGCACAUCACCCUGCCAAGCCUCACCCUGCUGGUCACAUAUUUGCCUUGAGAAAUGGCUAUAUAGAGAAUUGGGAUGGUGGUGGUGGUGGUGGUGGUGGUGGUGAAAGAAGAGAGGAGGAGGAAAAAUACAAUAAAGAGAAGAAAACACAAAGGAAGACAAGAAAAAUGGAAAGCAAAUGAGGGAAAUGGGAAAGGAUGAAAGAAAGGAAGGGAAUGAUAAGGAGAAAGAAGAAGAAGAGGAGGAGGAGGAAGAUUACAAUAUAUUUGAUGAAUUUCUCGACUCCUCCACACGUCAGCCUCAACUCUCCGGCAAGGUCGAGGCACUGACCCAUGCACUUCACCUGGCCAGAGAGGAGUGCCGGCAGAUGGCAAGCAGUAAGAGAGAGGCAAGUAGGGCAGUGCAGGCAGCUGAGAGGGAGUGCAGAGCUAUGGCGAAGCAAACACAAGGACUGAAGCAAGACUCGACAAGGCUGCAGAAGACAAACACUGACUUAAAACUGAGAGUGAAGGAGCUGGAACAAGAGUGUCAAGCCCUGCGUAAGGAGGCAUCAGAGAUGAGGCAGAGGGAAGCCUGUAGGGGCGCUGGACACACUAGCCUCCAGGGGCAGCUCACACGGGCCAGGGCGGAGAACACAAGCUUGAAGGACCAGAUGGUUACCUCAAGGGCACUUCAUAAGGAGGAGGUGGAGGGGCUGAGGAGGAAAUUAAGGGACGGGGAAGAAAAGAGGAAAGAUUUGGAGAGAGAUCGGAGAGAAAUGAAAGUCCUGACGAAGAAACAGGAGAGAUUGAUUGAGAUUCUUCACCAGCAGAAGAACCACCUGGCAGCUGCAAAAGCAACAGCAGGACUAGAGCAAAAAUUCUUGUCUCUCAUCGCACCCCUCCAACAACCAUCCCCAAACCCCCAAAAACGCCCCCAAACAUUAACCUAACCUAAUUCUCUUCAAAAAACCCUUAAUUUGAUCUCUAUUUCCUUCUUAAACCUCAAAAUCUUUCUUAUAUCGAAUCUUCAAUUUUUUUUUCUUGUAUUUAAGCUUCUAAUUCUGUAUCAUUAAAUUCUCAAAGCUGUGUUUCUUACUAAAUGCUGUGAUAUAAUUUUGCUAUGUUUUUUUUGUACUGUCGGUUUAUAUU